AUCAAGUACUAAUCAGUUUGCAGAAAAGUGGAGAAGUGGAAGAGAACACGAACCUCAACAAAACGAAUGGAUCAUCCAAACAAAGGAGGAGGCGGUGGUACGCCAACACUUGAUAAGCCGUCUAUAUUGGAAGGUGUUCUAAACAAUCUCUUCGAUGGCUUAUCAGACAAGGAUGAAACUGUGCGCUUGGCAAUACAAUCUGCCUUGGUUAAGAUUAUCGAAACACAUCCGGUUAGGGCAACAGAAAUUCUCCUGGAAUAUCGAGAGAAACAUCCUAAGAUGAGUGAACAGACAACAAAUAUUAUAUUAAAAGCCAUUGAACGGGUGGUAUCGUCAGACACAACCAUACCCAGUGAGGCCCACAAAAAGUUGGCCACAUUGGCCAUAGAAGAAUUGACACGUUCGUGUGAACAUGUUCCCAGUAUACAAAAUCAUGCUCUCAAUAUAUUGGUGGCCAUUGGCCGGGGUGAUGACUGUAAAAUGGUUAUGGAAGCCCUAAUGGCUCACACCAAAGAGGGUACGGUGGCCCAUUUUAUGGUCAUGCAAUGUUUUGGCACCUUGGCCUCCACAAAUGUACCAGCUGUUGUGCCUUUUAUUAAACAGAUUUUGUCGACAAUUUUGACAAAUUUAAAUUCCAUUAAACAGGAUCACAUAAAACAGUCGCAUGCAUAUGCCAUUGGUCGCUUUAGUGAAGCUCUUUUGGAACAAACAUCAGCAAACGCAACCGCCGCUGCUACUACAGAAAUCACCACUACCUCAACAAAUGGCGAAGGGGAGGAGGCGAAGAAGGAGGAGGAGAAGGAUGCCGAAACAAACCCGGAUGCUGCCGCAGCAGCACCAAAACCAAUUGGUUCCUUUCCUGAUUGUUCCACAGAAAUUUCCAUUGCCUAUGAUGUGCUCUUCAAACAGUGGCUACAUUCACGGGAACCCAAAGUGUGUGUCGAAAUUCUGCAGGCAUUAUCUUCCAUGUUCCCCCUGCUACCGCCAGACACCAUACAAGAUCAAACUCCCCGUUUGGUACCACAAGUUUUGGGCCUAUAUCGUCGCUCCAUUGAACGUAAUUCCAUCACGCAAUUCCUAUCGGCUGUGCUGAAAACAAAUAUUGCCAUCCAACCUUCGGUGUUGGACUGUGUUGCCGAUCAAUUAAUUUCCAAUCUUUUUGAUUUGGUCUGUGUCUAUCCCGACUAUGAAAAACCACAAACCGUCAAAGGCCACUAUGAAGUAUUACGAUGCUUCCAUCUACUGUCCAGUGUGUAUGCCACCAAAAUAAUGGACACCCUUCUAAUGCAUUUGCGUAACAACAGUGAACGGGAACGCAUCAAGUCCUUGUUGAUACUGACACACCUCUUGAAUACCUCCACCGUGAAUAUUGAAAAUAAAUUGCAAGCUUUUAUUGAAUGCCUCAAACAGAUGAUAACCAGUGAGAAAAGUAUUAAAAUGAAAAUGACCCUGCUGAAAUGUAUUGUGGCCUUGGCCCAAAAAUCCUUCAUCAAGGAAAAGGAAUUUGUUUGGUUUAUUGUGCGUUACAGUUGUAAAUAUACUAAAGUGAAUCAGGAACAUGGCUCUUUGGAAGAUCAUGCCAAUUUUGUUUUAUCCUGUGAAAGUUCGCUGCACAUGUUGGCCUCCACUGUGGGCACAAUGGAUGAGUUACUGAAACGUGAAUUGUUAAACUAUUUUGUAUUAUUGGACUACACCGAUAUCUGUUCAAAUUUGGCCAAGUGCCUGGCAAGUUUAUUUUCGAAAUCAGCAAAUAUUGAAUUUGAAAUUGCCCACGAUGAAGAUGAGUCGUCCACCGAAUCCAGAAGAGAGUCCAAUGCUGGCACAGAGGAGGUAACUGCCAAAACUCCCAGUUUGGUGAAGAGCGGUAAAAUUGUUGUACCCUCGGCCGAGACCAUUUAUGCCCGUUGCCUAUCUCUGCUGGGUAAUUAUCACAGCAUUAAGAGGUCGACAAAUGUUUUGUCAUUCCUUAAAUACUAUUAUCCUCAUCUUAAUCCGGAGUUGAGUAAACUAUGGGACAAAUCCAUAUCGGAUUUGCUGUUAAAUAUCAACAAAGAAUCUGUGUAUUUUAAUAAACUCAACAACUUUAUUGUGGAAACCAAUGACUUCCUGGCCAAACAUGAUGAACAUUUUGCCGAACGUUUAUCCAAUAAAAUGGCUGAGCAGACAAUAAUCUAUCCCAUGGUUCUGCCGCACAAUGAAUUCGUCAUACCCUCGCUGAAUGUGGAACGGGGUAUGCUGAUGAAAGCCAUGGCUCUCACACUGUGCAACGUCAACGAUGAUGCCAUUGUCAAUGCCAAAUUGGAUUUAAUCAUUACCUCUGCCAGGCAGGAGAAAAUGGAUAAACACACCAAACACAUUGAAUAUGAGGAUAAAAUCAUACCCUACUGCCAGGCCUUGGGCUUUUUGGCUCGCAAACAUUACGCCCUAGUUAUUAAGAAACUGGCCGAAUUGGCCAACAUUGGUGGUCGCAAACAUUCGACCGGAUUCUUUUCAAAUUUACACUUCAUCAAAGACACACACAAGGAAUUGGAAAAUUUCAAGACGAACCUCCUGGCCAUUAAGUCCCUGGGCUAUGUCAUGGAAGAAGCAGAUCCUCUACAGUCGCUGGCCAAUCUCGACGAUACCAUUUUCAACUUUUUAAUACUCCAAUUGAAAUUCACCAAAGACCAAUGUGUUAUGUCGGCCAUUUUGAAGACCCUGCUGAGUAUUUGUAAUCAAAUGAUUAGCGCCAAAGAAACUCAAACCACCACACCUCUGAAAUAUCGCAAACAAAUUAUGGAGGCAGUAUUUAGUAUACCCAUCGAACCACCAUUUGAUGAUCUACCUCUGCUGCCCAUUAUCCUAAAAUUGGGUACCGACUUCAUACGCAUUGGUGGUGAAGAUGCCACCGAAUCGGUUGAUGGUGGUGUCAUUUUCGAAAUUGCCUGUAAAAAUUUCUUCAAUUGUGCCCAGAAUUUAAAAAUGAAAUUUGAAUCCCAGGAAGAGGAUGAACGUAACAGCUUCCUGGCCAAAUAUCUCAAUGAAUCAUUACCGGAAUUGAAUAAAUUAGUAAAGGUCAUUAUCGAAAUGGAUCCCUCACCCUCGACAUUGGAUCUAAUCAUAUCGAUACUGGAAACAUGGACACGUGAUAAAAAUUCCGAAGUACGCAUUUGUGCUAGUCAUGUCUAUAACAACACUUUGGAAGUCUAUAUCAAAUCCAUGAAAAUUGGUUGCGAAGCACCAUCGAAAUUUAAUCAAACGGGACAAAUGUUGGGUAAAAUUGUACCACGUUGCAUCGAUUCAAAUGGUACGGUACGUCAGGUUUCGGUGGAUAUAUUACAAAAGACUUUGGAGAUUGCGUGCAUCUAUGAAACGCUCACAAUUGCUGACAGCGAAACCGAUUGGGUGAAAGAAAUCGAAUUGGUUAAAGAACAAAUCAUUACCGAUGAUCCGAAACAAAUAUACAAUCUUGCUGGCGAGAUUGCAAAGAUUAUUGCGGUACGCAUAUCGAAUUUUCAAUAUUUACAAUUUUGUAAAACUUUAUUGGCUGGUCUCAAGGAUCCUGAACAAAGUUCUGCCAUAGGUGCUUCUGUUGUUUUGAAGUUCUUUAUACAGCAAAAGGGUUCAGAAUUGUUCCAUGCUGUACCGGAUUUAGUUAAAGAAUGUUUGGCGGCCAUACACUCUUGCGAUGUAAAUCGGGCCAAAUCUGGGGUACUCAAAGCAUUGGUGGCCCUUACCAAACAUCAUCCGAAGUUGGUAUCAUGUGAAAUUCUAACACAGCAGCUGCCCUAUGAAGAAAACAUUGUCGAAUAUUGGCAUUUGAUUUGUACAGAUGCCGAACUGGCUGGAGUAUUACUCGAUCACUUUUUGCAAAUUCUAUCAUCCGCUUGUAUAUAUGAACAAAAUGAAGCCUGUGUGGAUCGACAAAAAAUUGCUAGUAUGCAACCGUUUGCGAUAUUUUGUGCUCUACACGAAAUGAUGCCUUGCAAGGAUAUCAAGACGCAACUGAAAUUGAAAUUUCCUGAAUUGUUUACCAUGUUGUUAACAUCCCUGGCAUCUUAUACAAAUUUAGCUGCACCCAUGCAAACUGGACCACCCCGUAGUGUUUCACCAACGCCCACAUCCAGCUCUUCGUCUAUCAUCACCCUCUCCUCAAGUUCGAAAAAUAAAUUCGGUUUUAUACCCAAUAAAGAAUCGAUAAAAUUAAAUCCCUGCCAAAUAGUUUUGGAGACAUUCCAAAAAUUCCUCGACAGUUUGGAAAUGGAACAAAUUGGCACCGUACUUACUGUACACACCCAUUUAGCUUCUAGUACCGAUCUCAAGAAUUUCAUAGAAUUACUAACACCCAUGGCCAUUGGUGUAUCAAAUCAAAUUGAUAUUAAUUCCAGUGAAAUGAAACAAAUUGUAACGACCCUAAGUAAAUAUGUAGCCUCUCCGUAUGAUGCCCAGAGAGUAGCAGCUGUGGGCCUAUUCUCACGCAUGGUACCCCUUAAACCGUGUGGUGAAAUUUCCGCCAACAUCAUGAAUCAUCUGACAAAUGCCCUGAGUGAUCCCAAUGCCAUUGUUAGGGGUCUCAGUAUUCAGGGUAUGGGCUAUGUGGGCCUGCUUAACGAAGAUGAUAUUGAAAAAUAUGAUGAGACUGCAAUAACUGCUCUGUUGAAGGGUGUUGAUGACACUGUGAGCGAUUGCCUGAUAAAUAUCCCCUUGGAAAGUAUGCGUGGCUUGUCACGUAUCCUACAAAAUCUUCCCAGUGAUCGUGUUGAGACAUUCCAUGUCUCAUUGGCCAUACGUAUAAGACCGUUCUUUGGUAGUUAUUCUCUAGAAAUACGCGAAGCAGCCAUUAUCUUAUUUGGUGAUUUAUGUGAAUCUAAAAUAACGGUGCAAGAUGGUACGGUUACACCAUCCGAAUCAUCAAAUGAAGCAUUAAGGGAACAAUUAAUUGCAAAUCUAUUUCCUUUACUGUUACACUUAAGUGAGGGAGAGGCUGCUAUUAUAAGGGCCUGCAAGGGUACUUUACGGAAGGUAUGCCGUCUACUGAACUCUCUAAAAAUCAAUGAUAUGGCCCAGCGUCAUCUUUUGGAUCAUGGCCAAUUGAAUUAUAAUAAUUUUAUCAUUGAUUUUGUAAAAGUUAUUUCCAUGGAACUGACAGAUCAUAUACAAGACUUUAUUGACUCAUGUCUACCUAAAUUACGCAGUCAAUGGCCCGAAGUUAGAGGCAGUGCUGCAAUUGUUAUCGGUAUUUUACAUAAUUUCCUUUCGGAGAGGAACACUCAAACUGAAGCUGUGGGCAACAAACUUGCUGCUCUACUAAAAGAUGAAAAUCAUUUUGUACGUGUUAAAGCAGCAACUGCAUUGGGUUAUUUCUUUGGAGACAUUUAG